GUGUUCACAACAAAGAGACUGGACACCUUCACGGCUAUGGCAAGUCCUGCCUACAUCUCACUGACAGCCGAGGAUCCCAUCCUUGCAUCAUUCCAGCUAAGCCAGAAAUUCCGCCGGUUGUCGGAGAUCGAAGGAGAAUAUAAAAAAAUUUACAACCAACUGGAUCAACAAGUACAGAACUUCACCUUGGCACUGCUGGACCAGUGUCAAAGUUCAGAUGAGGUCAAGGCUAUACUGAGUGGGAAACAAAAGCCACGUGACAUGUACAAUGAGACUAUUGACGUGGAAAAGCUCAGUGAUCACGUCAGCAACGAAGGAGACAUUCUACCCCUGGUCUACACGGCUGUGAGGAUGGAGCAGAAAAAG